AUGGUGAAAGAAAAGAAAAGAGCAGACAAAAAGGGAGAUAAGUCUGCCCGCUCUCCCUCCUCUCUCUCCGAUUAUCCAGACUUUGCCAAACAAGAUGGCAACACACCUAGACAGGAAAUGUCCCCUGGUGCUGUCCCAACAUUGGACAUACAACUCAGUGAAUUAAUGCCCCGAAAAGAGUCCAAAUAUGAUGAGCAGCAGGAUGAAGAUGCCACUCAGUAUGAAGAACCCAUUCUCACCAAACUCAUAGUUGAAAGCUAUGAAGGUGAAAAGGUCCAUGGACUAUAUGAGGGAGAAGGCUUUGCAGUCUUCCAAGGAUGUUGCACCUACCACGGUAUGUUUUCAGAAGGACUCAUGCAUGGACAAGGGACUUACGUUUGGGCUGAUGGUCUGAAAUAUGAGGGGGAGUUUGUGAAGAACAUCCCCAUGAACCAUGGUGUGUACACGUGGCCAGAUGGCAGCACCUAUGAAGGAGAAGUGCUACACGGUGUGAGGCAGGGAUUUGGUAUGUUCAAAUGUGGCACACACCCUGUGUCCUACAUCGGCCACUGGUGUCACGGCAAGAGACAUGGGAAGGGCUCUAUUUAUUACAAUCAAGAGGGUACCUCCUGGUACGAGGGGGACUGGGUACACAACAUCAAAAACGGCUGGGGAUUAAGAUGUUACAAAUCUGGAAACAUAUAUGAAGGUCAGUGGGAAAACAAUAUGCGCCAUGGAGAAGGCAGGAUGCGGUGGCUGACAGCCAAUGAGGAGUACACGGGUCAGUGGGAGAAGGGGAUCCAGAAUGGCUUUGGAACACACUCAUGGUUUCUAAAGAGAAUCCCCAACUCCCAAUACCCUUUAAGAAAUGAAUACAUAGGAGAGUUUGUGAAUGGAUAUCGUCAUGGCUAUGGAAAGUUUUACUAUGCCAGUGGAGCCAUCUAUGAAGGAGAAUGGGUGUCCAAUAAAAAACAUGGCAUGGGCCAAUUAACUUUCAAGAACGGGCGUGUGUAUAACGGUGCAUUUUCCAAUGACCACAUAGUGGAGUUUCCAAAUCUUGAAGUUGAGUUCUUAAGUCACCUGGAUCUGUCUUCAGAGUCUUCCAUCAAGAGCCAAUACCCUGGAUCCUCCAUCAGUGCUGAAAUUAUCAGAAAGCUCGAUAGCAGUGAAAGUAAUUCUGUGUUAGGAUCAAGCAUUGAUCUGAAUCUCAGUUUGCUGCUGAGUAUGUACCCUGAGAAAGAUCAAGCAGAGGAAAAGAAGCAGGUAGAAUAUGCUGUCUUAAGAAAUAUCACAGAAUUGAGAAGAAUCUAUUGCUUCUACAGCAGCCUAGGAUGUGAUCUCUCUCUGGAUAAUACCUUCCUGAUGACAAAGCUUCACUUCUGGAGGUUUCUAAAAGACUGCAAAUUUCAUCACCAUAAUAUAACUCUUGCUGAUAUGGACAGGGUUUUAAGUACCAAUAGUGACAUUCCAGUUGAAGAAAUUCAUUCUCCGUUUACAACAAUACUUUUGAGAACGUUUCUGAAUUACCUCCUGCACUUGGCUUACCACAUCCAUCACAAAGAAUACCAAAACAGAAGCCCAUCGCUCUUUCUGUGUUUUACCAAACUGAUGACUGAGAACAUUCACCCAAAUGCCUGCCGUGUAAAAGGCAAUUUAUUCAGUGGACAGCAGCAAACACUCUAUUCCAUGAAUUAUAUUGACAAGACCUGGGAGAUUUAUACACUUUACUGCAGACCACACACAGCUCCUCCCCACGAGCCUUCCAUGAAGAUGCGACACUUCCUCUGGAUGUUGAAAGACUUUAAAAUGAUAAAUAAAGAAUUAACAGCAACCAAAUUUGUGGAGGUCAUCGCAGAGGAUAAUCCUUUCAUACAUGACGGUGUUGACAGCAACUUUGAACUUGAGCUGGUUUUCCUGGAAUUCUUUGAAGCUCUCUUAAGCUUCGCACUCAUCUCUGUUACUGAACAAAUGAUUAAAGAAUAUUUAAAUUUUCCAAAUGAGGACCUGUCUGGAAACAAACAUGGAAGCCCUUAUAUGAUGAAUCAGAACAUCCAGAACAGGAGUUCAAGUGUAGGAACAAGCCAGGAAUCAGAUCUGGAGGAUGGCAGCACCAAGUCAUCUUCAAGCAAGCUGGGACUCAUGCUUGAUCUUAGCAAAAUAAGGAGAUCAGAGCCCAAGAUCAAGAAGUCUCUAAGUAAUGAAAGAAUUUCCAAAAUGAACUUUAAAUCUCCAGGAAAAGGGCUAACCUUUCUUUUGUCUCAAAAUGAGAGAAAAGAAAAAUCCAAGGAUGAACCAAAAGAAAAACUUGCUGUGUGGAUCACAAGUAUGUAUAUCUUUUUUGUGAACAUACUGUUCCAUGCACACAAACAUGAAGAAACCCUCAAGGAGAAAAUAAGGGAGGACAGGCUGCAUUACAUGGCCACGGCUCACCAGAGGAAACUCGAAAACGAUGAGCUGGAAGCAAGGCUGAACAGCUUGAAAGAGGAAGAGGCCAAAAGAGCAGACUGUGAGAUCGAUAUCACCGUGAUCAAGGAACCAGUGGAUGCUCCAUCCUCAAGUUUCACACCCAGCCCCCCUAAGGAGGACACCAUAGUGCCCCCAUCCAGCAAGCCCGUCACAAGUAAGAAAAAGAAAAAGUAGAGGCUACUGCAUUUGUACACAAGCUCCAGGAACAAGCCGAUGUAAAAGGAACUGACAACUGAAGUACUGUAACACAUUUCCUGACCAAUAAA